UAAGAGGCAUAUUUUAUAAAAAACGGAAAGAAAAAAAAGGAAAUUAUGAUUGUUUUCACGCCAUUUAUGACUAGAAAAACAUUGUACAACUCGAGCAUGAUAAAUCUUGCUGUAAUUUUUUUUUUGCACUUUUUCUUUCUUUCUGUUUUUGUUAUAUGAAGGGAAAAGUCUUAGCCUUGUAUUUGAUUCGAUUUGUUAUUUUAUUGCUUAGUUUAGGGACACUCGGCUGUCAUGUCGGUACGAGAAAAUGCAUUCUUAUUUAUUGUUUGCUAACAUUUUUUAUCGCGUAUAAAUCAGCACAGCUUGUUUUACUAUCACAGACAAAGGGCACAGAAAAUUGGUGGCCACAUUACGUACCUUAUACAUUAUAUUAUGUGGGAUCCAUUGUGUCCAUUAUAUCAUCCACUUUUCUAUUGAUUUUCGGUUGCACCUUGUCAAAAUCAUUAUUGAGUGACCGAAUCUUGAGCCUUAUCAAUCUAGCGCUGUAUGUUGCUGUUGUUGUCUAUAAUUCACUUGCAUCUGGUAACAUACCAUGGACAGGCUCUUUAGCAAAACCCAUCAGCUCCGAUAUGAAAGGUUAUGUAAAUUAUUGCUCAGGCUAUACGGACUCUUCUUUGUACAAUCGUUGCUGGUUAGUGAAUGGUACUUGGUUAGGUAUGGUCAUUGUUGGUUUCUUUUGGUUGAUCCUCUUAUUAUAUACCAGUGUCUUGAAAAAUGCUGAAAUAUAUCAUGAAGAUUAUGAUACCUAUGAUUUCAAAGAAGAUGUGCCUAUGACAAACACUAGUCAUCAUGCAUCGUUCAUGGCAAGAAGUAGCAUUCCUUCAGUUGUGCCUGUUCCUCCACGACAUCGUUAUGACAAUACAUUUAUGGUAUCGCCUACAGUACCACUUCCAGUAUCCAGCAGUAAUCAAGAAAACUACUAUUAUUCGCCUUAUGCACCUACACAUCCGCAAGAAAACGGCGCCUUUGUGGAAGGAUAUCAAAGACCAAGAAAGAUGUCAAAAACUUAUUUGGAAGAAGACAAUAUAGUCAGAUCAGGUUCAGUACAAUUGACACCACCUCAUUCAAAAGAAUAAAAAUGUUUUGUAUUAUAUAUAAAAUAAACACGCUUAUUAACAGCAACUUGAUUUCUCAGCUUGUUUGUCAUUGAUAUUGGUGCCUUGUCGAUA